UUCCCAUAAUUAAUCAUGGCGAAUCAAAAAGUUGUCGUCAUUGCCCUCUCUUCGAUGUUAUUAAUGGCCAUGGUCCUCGGUUUGGUCCUAACCUACGCCAAAAAUGGCAGCCACGAAGAGAUAACCUCGUCGGCUGGCAUAACAACAUCAACUAAGGCGGUGGAAGAUAUUUGUCGGCCAACCGAUUACAAGAAGACAUGCAUGACAACUCUCUCCGCCUCCGCAGGCAACACAACCGAUCCUAAUGAGCUCAUCAAGAUCGCAUUCAACAUCGCGAUCAAACACGUAACCGAAGCCAUGAAGAAGUCAGUUGUCCUUCAAAAAGCCGAGACAGAUCCUCGUACCCACGCGGCCUACGAGAGUUGCAAAGAGCUUCUAGAAGAUUCCGUCGACGAUCUCAAGGAGUCGUUCGACAACUUCGGAAUUUUUGACCUAGCUCAUAUCGAGGACUACGUCUCCGAUCUCAAGACUUGGCUUAGCGGAGCACUCACCUUCCAACAAACAUGCUUGGAUGGAUUCGAGAACACAACCGGUCAAGCCGGAGAGAACAUGAAGAAGGUUCUUAAAGUCUCGGGUGAGUUGACAAGAAAUGGGCUCGCCAUGAUUGAUGAAUUCUCGAAAACUAUUACGCACCUUAACAUGACUAGCUUAUCCGGAAGGAGAUUGUUGGCUUCAGAGGAAAUGCCCGCAUGGGUCGACGAAGGAAAGAGGAGGUUGCUUACGGCAUCUGCCCCUUACCCGGCCUUUGUCGUCAACAAACUCGAUGGGACACUCAAACCGAACGUUGUUGUGGCAAAGGACGGAUCAGGGAAUGUCAAAACAAUCACGGAAGCAUUGGCUAAAGUUCCUAAGAAGAACAAGAAGCCUUUUGUUAUAUUCAUCAAGGCCGGUGUUUAUAACGAGUACAUUGAAGUUACCAAGAAGAUGAGCAAUGUCGUGAUGUUGGGAGAAGGUUCCACCAAGACUAGAAUCACCGGGAACAAGAACUUCGUCGAUGGUACCAACACUUACAAGACAGCUACAGUCGUGAUACAAGGAAGGCAUUUCUUCGCUAGAGGAAUCGGAUUCGAGAACUCAUCCGGAGCCUCAAAGCACCAGGCUGUGGCAAUUCGCGUGUCGGCCGACAUGGCCAUCUUCUACAAGUGCGCCUUUGACGGUUAUCAAGACACCCUCUACGUCCACAGCCAUCGUCAAUACUACCGCGACUGCACCAUCUCGGGAACCAUCGACUUCAUCUUCGGAGACGCAGCAGCCAUGUUCCAAAACUGCACCAUGGUCGUGAGAAAGCCACUCGAAAACCAGGGUUGCAUGGUCACGGCCCAAGGUCGUGACGACAAACGCGAGAACACGGGCCUCGUCCUACAAAAAUGCUCCAUCGUUGCAUCUCCCGAGUUCAAGUCUUCGUCGACUCCCAUAGAAGCUUACCUUGGAAGGCCAUGGAAGCUUUAUUCGAGGACUAUAAUUGUGAACUCGAACAUAGAUGGAUUUAUCGACCCGAAAGGGUGGUCUCCAUGGGCUGGAAGUUUCGGUCUUGAGACUAGUUUCUAUGUAGAAUAUGGGAAUACGGGUGAAGGUGCGGAACAGAGCAAGAGGGUGAAAUGGGGUGGGAUUAAGAAGAUUAAUGCACAACAACUUGCUCUGUUUAAUGCAGGCAGGUUUAUUACAGGAAAUGUAUGGGUUAAGCCGACAGGAUUACCAUAUGACUCUACCAUUUAAAUGAAGAUGA